GUCAGUGAACUUGUUCGUGCUCACGUCCGAGAGCCGCGGCAGUGCUUCUGGCAGGCUGUGAUUCAUGAGCUGGAGGAAAAGCAACAGGAGCAAGUGUUGCCAGAGGGGUCGGCGAAGAAGCUGUAUGCAAGUCUGCCGGGAACGGCACGUAGUGCAUAUGUGGAGUUGUCGCUUGCAGAGCUCUAUGCUGUUAUGCAGCAUGCCCGGUCAGACGACGGGCGACCCUGGCACUUCCUAGAUCAUGCGAGCAAGAGGCAGUGGCUACCGAAUUCCGUGAGUGAUCUCAUAGAUGUGGCGCCGCCCUCUUGGCGCCCUGCAGUGCUGCGGCUUGGAUGGAACGAGCACAAGCAUCCCGAGAAUGUAGUGCACUGCCCUUUCCAGCAACUCGAGGAAGAGCUGCAGGAGGCCUUGCAGUCCAUUUGCCGUGCACUCGCAGAUGAGCCCUGGGUGCAGAGCACGGUGUCGGCACAUGGACAGUGCUUGGCACCCGCAAAGCGUCCCGUGGGGUCCUGUCUGUCCAGGCUGGACACACAGCAGCCAGCCAAGGUGAUGAAGUCUGAGCCAGGGCAAGCUGCUGCAACUGUCCGUGUUAAGUUGGAGCCAGGAGCAGGGCUGGCAAUAGCCAAAACACUGCUGGCAGGGUACCCCUACCGAGACAUCGCUGCGAGCCAUCUCGACAUGGGUCAGGUGCUUCGAGGCUGCCUGUCCGUGGCAGGCAAAUACUUCGGCAACUCUUGGCCGACGAAGCUCUGCAUUGGCAGCUGUGGCGAUCUUCAGUCCUGGAGGGGCCAAGACUGCAGCGACUUGGCUGGUGUCUUGUACUCCGCGAGCCAUUGGGCGCUCUUGUGUGUCUUCAACGGCAGGGCCCUUGUGUAUGACGGCGCCCACAAUAGCACUUGCUACGACCAUGCAGUUGCGUUCCUGAAGCACUGGGAGGAACUCGGCCACCGAGUUGGGCCUCUUGCUUGCGCGAGCUGCACCGCUCAGCCUGACGUGUGGUCCUGUGGCCACCGAGUUGUGCUGCACCUAGACUCGGUUCUGGAGUCUUUGCAGUCCACGGGAGGCAUGCCAGAGACCGUCGAGAUCUCACCGUGCGAUGUGGAGGGCCUGCUGCCCAACCCAAGCACCACAACUCCGUCGAACUCUACUGCCAGCACAGAGCCAUGCAAGCCUGCAGCGAGCCCCGAGCCUGCACAGCCCUCGACUCCUGUACGAUCUACCAAGCGCCCAGCCCCUGAAUCGCUUGAUCCUAGGAUGACGCCGCCCAGACCGGAUCGUCCUGCUUCCUCUCCGAUGCAGGCAUCUCCUGCCGGCACAGAUGCCAGCACGCCUCGCAAGGUGGUGCAGAAGACUAGCAAGAAGGCCCGUCAGUCUGCCAAGGUCCAGCCCGACACCAACAUGUCCAAGGCCAAGCUGCGGGAGCGAGGCACGGAACUAGCCCGGCAGGCACACAUAGAUCAUACUCUUUUCCAGAAAGAGCACUAUGCGCACGGACUCGAUGAGCCGAAGGGGCACUGGCAACAGUUGCUGAUGGCGACAGCAGCUCCGCACGAGAUCCUGAGGCCUCUGACUUGCCAGGUGUGUAUCCGCCUGAGGAAGCGGAUGCUGGACAAGGGGACAGGCCAGGUUGAGGCAACGGGCUCGAGCUGCUCUGCGGUGGUGGUUGCCGAAGACGAUGCUGCGAUAGACCCAUCAGCAUUGGGGCCCCAGGUGCAUCACAGGGGCCGACCUAAGAGGGGGGAGCAUCGCUGGAGACUAGCAGCUUACAUCCGUGAGAAGAGGAGCCAAGUCUACACUCAGACAUCCCAGAGCUGGUCUAAGCAGGCCGUCUACUACUGCAAAGCUUGUGAAAUGCAGAAGAAAUUCUGCAGCCACACUUGUAAGAAGAAAAUCGAUGAUCAUGAAAGAAGUCGUCGGCAUCGUGCAGGUUUGAGACGCCUCGGCAUCCCCUGGUCUGGCUCAGAGGAUGAGGGCGACGAGGAGAAGGGCUCUGAUCUGGAGGAGGAGCCCGAGCAUCCGAAGCUGGCCCUGGUGCCCCAGGAGGAGUCCCAGGAGUAUCGAUGCCAAGGAGUCCCUGGAAAGGACAAAACCUUGUCGCUGCAUCCUAUCGUGGACUCCGUCGUCAACUACGUGCAAGCGGGACAGCCGAGGCUGGUAGUUGCUCAAGGUGAGCAGGAUCCCAUGGCUGAUGCUAUCUUCGAUUGCGGUGAGACUGUCUCCGUGAGGUCACGGCAGUGCCUGGGGCAUUGCCGACGGGUGGAUGUUGCUUGCACAGCUUGCCUCUCCCUGUGCCGCAAGAAGUCAUUUCGACAGUGCAUCUCCGCGAGGUCUUAUCAGGUGGACCUGGCUCAGUACGCACACGUGCUCUUCCAUGCAGACGAAUCCGAGAUUCGUGUCGUGGAGGAGAAGAUUCAGGGCAGGGACUACAAGGUCUUGGAGCUCGCCGGCGACGACUUCGACGACAUCGCGGCCAUGCCCAGCAAGCUCGACCGUAUUCGUCGGAUCCGCAAGCGCUUUAUGCACAUCCCAUCUUGGAGAAUGUCCCCUGCCUUCCGCAGCUUCAUGGAGGUGCGCCUGCCCAAGACGCCGGAGUUCUGCAACCAAGACGCCCAGGCAGUGGCCCACGGGGCCCUCGUUCAGGCCUUGGGUGAUGGAGUGGCCAAGGGCCGCCUGCAUGCGACGGACUUGCAGCUAGCAUCUCAGGUGGCAGCGGGCGCUUUGCGAAGCGACGCACUUGUGCAUGCUUUGGUAGGCUCAUUCCUACAUACCCUGGAGGGCGCCUGGAAGAACGAGCGAAGACGGAGAACGGGGUCGCACAUUGACGAGGGCGCCAUCAUGGAUGCAGUCCAUACCCUCGGCAGGGGUGCUGAGCUGAAGGCGAUGCUAGACAGAUUCCGCAUCAACCCGAAGGUGGUGAAGCGGGUGAAUCUGGUCACUCCCGACGUGCCGAACAGCUUCAGGUCUCUAACGAAGCCAGAUCAAGUAAGGGAAAACUUCGUCAGGCUCCAAGAACUUCUCAAAGCCUCCUCACACAGGCUGCACCUCAUCCUGGAUGAAACAACUUGGACUGCCAGCUAUCAGCAGGCUCGCUUGUUCGAGGAAGGUGAGGACCGCAUCGUCGGUGGUGCCUGGGAUCCUCAUGGGGGCGAGGAUUGGUCGUGCCUAGCCCCCGAGGAUCAUCCCCUGGACUUGCUGCCCAAGGAGAAGCUAGCAAAGACUGCUCUGCACUUCGUGGCUCAGAGAGCAGACAACACUCGAUAUGUAUUCGAGGUCGCCUGCAUGCCAACAUCCACGGUGAUCGGCUGUUCCACUACGAUGCUGCGCCUGCUCGGGCAGGUCUGUGAGCAGUACUUAGCAGCGACCUCCUUGGCUCCUUCAGGUGUGUCCUUCGACGGCUGCACAGCGAAUGCCCGCAUCAACAACCUGUUUGUGGGCCUCCUGCCAAGAUCAGAGUGGGAGACUUUGCCAUUCUUCUCCGGCUGCCGUGUAGAGUACCUGGCCAAGGUCAAGUACUGGCCAUAUGGCCAACUUCGGCGUGGAUCGGAGCUGAUGUGCUCCUUCCACGGAGCCUGGCAUCUUCAAAAACGCUUUGCACUUCAAGUGCUCAGUGGAUCACGCAAGGCUCGCUUCGGGGACGUCUGGGUCGACGUCGCAUCUCAGCUUCAGGCAAACCUACCAGUCCGCGCUUUUGUGGGCCACGACCAUCAGAGCGACCGCGAUUCCAUCUUCCGCAUGUCGCCACCCUUCCUGACACGGACAUGGUCAGCGAUGGGACAACACUUCCAUGCCCUGAUCGCCGCCCUCAUGAUGAGUGGUGCCACAGCUUCCAAGGGUUUCGCCAAGGUCCACCAUGCAUCCAACGCAUUUGCUGCAUUUUAUCUCCUUUGCUUGCACGUGCUGUACAACGUCCACAAGAAGAGAGACAGGACCCAGAGCAUCCACCAGACAACGGUUCGGAAUGCAUGUGCACUCUGUGCAAACAUCAUCACCUGCACCAUGACUCCUUUGGAGCCGAAGCUCAUACAAGAGCGUCCAGUCGAGGAGCAUUUCUCGAAACUGAAGGCCCCGUAUCGCGGGCAGCCGACCCUUCGCGAUGCUCUUUUCAGCCUCGCCCGCCUCAACGGUCGUCAAGCCAAGCAGCUGGAGAAGGAGACAGUGGAUUCCUUGUCAGCUGCACCGACGGUUCAGUGCCGGGAGCCACUCACGGAGGAUCAGCUAGGCAAGAUCGCAAACAAGUCCCUGGUGUCCGCCAUCCAGUACUUCUGCAUGCACUGCAAAGACGAAACUCCUGACGAGCUCAGCUGCAAGUUUUUUCAUUGGUGGAAGCACAGCAGUGAGAGUUACUUUCGCACUUCGCUACACGUCGAGGCCGAUGAAGACGAUGUUCAGCCCGAGGCAGUGGUGGAGGAGGCAGGCGCUGAUGUCGUGCAGGCGCACCACCUCCAGCUUCUAGAAGCCGUGCAGGACAGAGCCGUAGUGAUGGAGGAGCUCUUGAAGGGUCCGGAUGCGGGAGCACUUGAUGCCGCCGCUCCCGAGCUCGAGGAGGCCGCGAAUCCAGAGGAGGUGCUUCCUCGCGACGAGGACUCCCAGGAAGGCAGCCAGCCCAUGACCCUGCAGGAGAUCGUGCAGAAGGCUAUGGCGAAACCUGCGUUCUCUAAGUACAUGGUCGGCGAGGAGGGCGGCCAUGGAUCUUAUCCAGCUCUGCAGCGUGCACGGCUCCUGAUGGGGCCAACCCGCGAGUUCAUCCGCCUUGUCCGCUUGGAGGAGGGCAUCCUGUCCCAGGGUUUGCUAGAGAAUCGCCGGUGCGAGCUCAACGCCUACAACCUUCGCGAAGCAGAGCUCGCAGCAGCCCGGAGGGCAGCUUCCGUUUGCGCACAAAGGACAAGCAGGGCAGCAGCCUGGCAGAAAGCAACAGAGAAGUUCGUUGCUGGCUUGGUCGAGACUCCUGCUCCCCACGCAGGCUUGCUGCCUUUGCAAGCCUUCCGAAACUUGAGCGAUGUGAAUCCUCAGAUCGUUGUGUUUCAGCGCAAAGGCAUCGAUGCAGCUCCAGGACUGGGCGUUGUGCUCACAGUGUUUCGAGGCUCCUUGACGAAGCAAGGGGACAAGCUGGUGGUCAGGACAAGCAAACCGGCAGCCAGUGACCUUCCGGUGGCAAGCACCCGCAGGGUGCAUCUGGCCGUGCUUUCCGAGAGUGACUCAGAGUUGUGUUGUCACACCUCUUGCGUCUCCGAAGUGCUGCUGCUCGAUCCAGUCAAUGCCAUCUUUGCCGAGGUUCGUGGCAAGUGCCAGGCGAGCCAGACCCGUCUGCAUGUGCAGCUCGACGCAUCCACCGCCAAAGACAUCAAGAGAAUGGGCAAGAAGGUGCUUCCAGAGGUCACCGGCGACGAGGUGCCAGAGAAUGAAGCUCAGCCCGCCUCCACGGCUCCGGAUGUGACAUUGGUCUUCAACGAUCGAUCCUUCAUGAGGGCGGAGCUCGAGCAGGCAUGCAUCAAGUUCAUGAAAAGUCUGCUCGAGAUGCACACCUCGGCCGGGCACUGCUGGGUCGUCGAGGGCUAUGUCAUGCUCUCCAAGGCGAAGAACAUCAGGGAGAAGUGGGAGGUGCUGCUGGCAAAGGUGCCGAGCUACUUCCGGGGCAUCUUCUUCAAGCUCAAGGGCUUCGCCUUCAGCAGAGCUGUGUAUGGACGGCUCUUCGAUCUGGUGCCGAAGAGAGGCUGGGAGCUCGAAACCUUAAUCACAACAUAUCACAACAUCUCCGGCCCUGCAAGGUGA